AUACGAUACGCAGUAUAUGUAGAAUGGAGGUGUGUACUAUUUGGCUGCUGGAGUUUUUGUGUCUCUUUUCAACUUUAAAGAUUGUCAACACAUCAGUUAACACCAGCCGUGAGCCAAGUGUCAAAAUCACCACACAAAGUUCGAACUACAGUGCUGCAUAUCUUAGUGGUAAGGCAGUAGAUGGUUGUAGAAAACAAAUCUUCGACAACGACAAUUGUUGUUCACAUACAAAAGGAGGUGAAAACGAGGCAUGGUGGCAAGUAGAUCUAGAGGGACUGGUCGUUAUGGAAUACGUCAAAAUAUAUUACAGAGAUCAAGGGGAUGAGCAAAAACAACGAUUUGGUGGCUAUCAAAUAUACCAGUCGAACACGUCGGAUUGGUGGAACGGUUACCUUUGCCAUAAUGACACAACAUCAACGUCGGCCGAUUUGUCAUUGACUCCCAAGAUCAAUUGCACAGGUAGCGCCCAGUACCUAACGAUAUACAGCGACAGAAGGUCAAGGGGUCUAACGUGGUACUCUCCAAAUGCUUUUCUGGAGCUUUGCGAGGUGGAAGUUUACGGUUGUCCACUAGGGAAAUAUGGUGAUGCUAAUUGUGAUACAGAUUGUGAUGUAAGGUGUGCCAACAGCCUGUGUGAUCCAGUGACCGGAAAAUGUGCAUACUGUGAGGAUGGAUUCUUCGGAUCGUCCUGUGAUAACUGCUCUGUUGGUUGUACCAAUCGUUCCUGUGACAAAAUAUCCGGAAAUUGUAGUCCGUGUACUCCCGGGUAUUAUGGCAGCUAUUGCAAUCAGACCUGUUUGUUCAACUGUAAAGACAACCGAUGUAUGCAAAUCAAUGGAAAGUGUGAAGAUUGUGAGGAUGGAUUCUUCGGAUCGUCCUGUGAUAGCUGUUCUGAUAGUUGUGCCAGUUCAGUCUGUAACAAAACAUCCGGAAACUGUAGUCCAUGCAUACCUGGAUAUUAUGGUGAUAUCUGCAACACAAGCUGCCCGUCCAAUUGCAAAGGGGAUAUAUGUAAUCAGACCAGUGGGUUAUGUACAGAAUGUGGACCCGGGCUGUAUGACAUUGACUGUAAGCAGACUUGUCCGGUGCACUGUCGAGACUCACUAUGUGCCAGAAGUAGCGGGGAUUGUUCAGCAUGUGAACCUGGUUUCUUUGGACAAAAUUGCAGUAUGUCAUGUUUUGGUCAUUGUAACAAUGAUGAAUGCCAACAGAACAACGGAACGUGCAUAGCUUGUACGAGUGGAUAUUUUGGACCUGACUGUGAAGAGGAAUGCGGGCAGUGUAGUGCUUUGGCAUGCACAAGGUCUGUCGGACAAUGCUUAUGUCGCGACAUGACACACGGAACAUGCGGGUGUAAAAAUGGCUGGGAAGGAGAGAAGUGCACUACAAAAAAGUUGAUGUCAGUCUCAGGCGACCAAACAGGAACCUACGCUGGGGCUGGUGUUGGAGCAAUGAUUGUGAUUGUUCUUGUUGUUAUAGCAACUGUCAUCAUCCUUAGAAGGAAACGAUUACCAAAACACAAAGAAGAAAAUCACCUUGAAGGCAGAGGCAAGGCGUUUGGAAAUGUAGAGUCUUUACCAAUCCCGUUUGAAACGCCAGCCAAUCAAUCGAAAAGUGGAGACACUACAAGUGAAGACAGACAAGUUUACGUAAACGUACAUUACAUUUACCCAAACGCUGAUGAUGACGUCGUGUAUAACAACGUUGACGUCACCGGUGUCCCUAUUCAUGAACUGCGGUCUAUCAUCGAUAGCAAAAUCCUAAAUGAAGCGGCAGCAUUUCAAGAGGAUUUUCAGACUUUUUCAAGGGGAGCCGUACAUCCACACGAGGCAGGUAAAAAGACAUCAAACACACCAAAGAACAGAUUCAAGACAAUUUUCCCAUAUGACCAUUCCAGAAUCCUUUUAGAUACAAACGGCAAGGAUACCGAUACAAGCUACAUCAACGCAAAUUAUAUCGAUGGUAUUGAAACCGAAAAAGCGUACAUUGCCUGUCAAGGACCGAAGCCAAACACUCUAGACGACUUUUGGAGGAUGGUGUGGCAGGUGAAUUCUGGAAAGAUUGUUAUGCUGACAAACCUCAAAGAGGGUCGCAAUGUAAAAUGUCACAAAUACUGGCCUGAUGAAGGAGAAUCACUUGUUACACAGACAUUUGAGCUCAAACUUGACAGAGAGAUGACCUAUGCCUUCUAUGUCAUCCGUGACAUAUCAAUCACCCAUAAAAAGACAAAGGAAGAGCGUCAGGUCCAUCAUUUUCACUUUACGAAAUGGCUUGACCAUGGAACUCCGGACACGUUGGAGCUCGUCCUUUUCGACCGCCGUGUGACGUCAUACAGAACACAAUUGACGGGACAGAUGAUUGUACACUGCAGUGCUGGCAUUGGGAGGACUGGGACUUUUAUCGGUUUAAAUGCGUUGCUUUCUCGUGGCAAGAAAACAGGAAAGGUUGACAUCCCCAGGUACAUUGGAACCAUGAGGAAUGGCAGAAUGAACAUGAUCCAGACAUAUGAACAGUACAUCGCCUUGCACGAAUUACUUGUAGAAGGAUUCAAUUUACAAGAAUCACUCAUUUUUCGAGUGAAUUUCCCUGCUGUCCUGAACACAUUGUGUCCUACGAAUACAGCAGCGAAUCAGACAAAGAUCCAUCAGGAAUUUAUGGCGUUAACAGCACUUACUCCAACCUACUCGCCAAGUUGCUUUAGGGCUGCAUUACUGGCAGAAAAUUUGGAAAAGAACCCGAAUAAUGACAUCCUAGCAGCGGACAAGUUCAGACCCUUUCUCCAGUCACAAUUACCGAACGUGACAGAUUACAUCAAUGCUGUAAUGAUUCAGUCACACACUUCGAUGUCGGGGUAUCUGAUGACACAGUUUCCUCUAAUGGACACCAUCGAUGACUUCUGGACAAUGGUGUUUGACUACAGCUGUGAAAACAUCGUCGUCCUCGGAAAACCAACAGAUAAAGAGGAUUGGCUUCUAGAGGAGGGCGGAGAUUUUGCUGCAGGAGAUGCCAUUUCAGUAACAAAAAUGCAGGAUCGAUCUCCAGACACCGAGUUGGCUAUUGUAGACUACCAAGUUGAAAAGGAGCGAUCCGGCAGUGAGAGUGAGACUAUCAGGAUCUUCAGCCUGUCCCAGUGGUCAUCGGACUCUUUACUGCCUCCAUCUGACUCGACUCUUCUCCAACUAUUGGAACAGCUAGACAUUCGGCGACGUUCAGACAACACAAGACCUGUUGUAGUCAUGUGUCGGGACGGAUGUACACAAAGUGGACUGUUCUGUUGCAUAUCAAAUAUCAGAGAUCAAAUGAAGAUGGACGAGGAGGUGGACAUAUUCCAAACAGCAAGGCGGUGGAAAAAGCGGCGACCAGAGGCGCUAGAAAAUGUUAAACAAUACCAGUACUGCUACAACAUUAUGGGGCUAUAUCUGGAUUCAACUAACGUAUACGUCAACUGAACAGAACACAAUGCGUGUAUAGUGUUAUACGCCAAAUGCAUAUAGAUUCGCAUCAACUGAAAAUAAUCAAAUGAGUACAUGUACAUUGCUACACUUAAUAUGUUCGCUUUGAUUGAGUCCCUGCAUCUUCAAAGAAGGCUUUCAAAUAGUUGCUUCCUCUCUUCAUUGUUUCAGUGAUUAUCAUAAACAGCCCUCAUAUCAUUUUAUAUACAUGUACAGUACCAUAAACGACCUAAAACUUGCUCAGCGUAUUGAGCAGAACUGAGGUGAUGUAAACGUUCCCAACUACUCAAAUAUUGAAUACAACUCAACAUUGAUUGUGUCAUGACAGUGGAACAACAUAUUUGUUUAAUUCAACAGAUUUGCGUUUCAACUGAUCAAAGACAAUGUGUAUUGGAUAUAAUCCUACUUGAAGUAAAGAGCGCGAAUCGUUCGUCUGAAUACAAAACACAAUGUGAACAAUUACUGUAUAUGCAUCAUUUUAUUGAGAAUGUGUUUCCUAUAUAACAUUAAUAGAAUAAUUCAUUGGACGGUUUACGCACAUGACUUUGAGUUUCAAUUUAGAAGUAUUUAAUGUCUGUUAUACUGAUAAGGCAUUUGCAUG